GAUUGGCUAAAUCCUCACACGUGAUUCACGUUUCCAGAAUAUUCCAUCCUUCCUUUUUAUAAAGCCGGCACCUGCGACACCCUCAGUAACGGAAACGGUAGAAAAUCAUCCACACUUGUCCUCAUUUUCCAAGCUUCCAAGAAGCCUUUUACAAAUCAUUCCUGUAUAUAUCUGCUGUAAAUACUAUAAGAACACAAAAUGGCAAAGAACGGACCUGCAGUGGGAAUCGACCUCGGAACGACCUACUCCUGCGUGGGGGUGUUCCAGCACGGAAAGGUUGAGAUCAUCGCCAACGACCAGGGAAACCGGACCACGCCUAGUUACGUCGCGUUUAACGACAGCGAGAGGCUGAUCGGGGAUGCCGCAAAAAACCAGGUGGCCAUGAACCCCAGCAACACUGUUUUUGAUGCCAAGCGUCUGAUCGGGCGACGUUUCGAUGACCCCUCCGUCCAGUCGGACAAGAAGCACUGGCCGUUCGAGGUGGUCAACGACGGAGGAAAGCCCAAGAUCCGUGUUGAGUACAAGGGAGAGACCAAGACCUUCUUCCCUGAAGAAAUCUCCUCCAUGGUGCUGGUUAAGAUGAAGGAGGUUGCAGAGGCUUACCUUGGCAAGAGUGUGACGAACGCCGUGGUCACCGUUCCCGCCUACUUCAACGACUCUCAGCGGCAGGCCACAAAGGAUGCUGGGACCAUUUCCGGCAUGAACGUCCUGCGAAUCAUCAACGAACCAACCGCUGCCGCCAUCGCGUACGGACUGGACAAGAAGGCAAAUAUGGGAACUGAGAAGAACGUGUUGAUCUUCGAUCUUGGCGGUGGCACCUUCGAUGUGUCCAUCCUGACCAUCGAGGACGGAAUCUUUGAGGUGAAGUCCACGGCUGGAGACACUCACUUGGGAGGAGAGGACUUUGACAACCGUAUGGUGAACCACUUCGUGACGGAGUUCAAGCGUAAGCACAAGAAGGACCUGACCUCCAACAAGCGUGCAAUCCGGCGUCUGCGGACGGCCUGCGAACGUGCCAAGAGGACCCUGUCGUCUAGUGCUCAGGCUAGCAUCGAGAUCGACUCCCUGUUUGAGGGCAUCGACUUCUACACCUCGAUCACCCGCGCCCGUUUUGAGGAGCUGAAUGCCGACCUGUUCCGCGGAACCCUGGAGCCGGUGGAGAAGUCUCUCCGUGACGCCAAGCUGGACAAGGCGCAGAUCCACGAGAUCGUCCUCGUCGGAGGGUCCACCAGGAUCCCCAAGAUCCAGAAGCUCCUGCAGGACUUCUUCAACGGCAAGGAGCUCUGCAAGUCCAUCAACCCUGACGAGGCUGUUGCGUACGGCGCCGCUGUCCAGGCCGCCAUCUUGUCCGGAGAUAAGUCCGAGGAGGUGCAGGACCUGCUCCUGUUGGACGUUGCUCCGCUGUCUCUCGGUAUCGAGACGGCCGGCGGUGUGAUGACGCCGCUCAUCAAGCGUAACACGACGGUGCCCACCAAGCAGACGCAGACCUUCACCACGUACUCGGAUAACCAGCCCGGUGUGCUCAUCCAGGUGUACGAGGGAGAGAGAGCCAUGACCAAGGACAACAACCUCCUGGGUAAGUUUGAGCUGACCGGCAUCCCGCCGGCACCCCGUGGUGUGCCUCAGAUCGAGGUGACCUUUGACAUCGAUGCCAACGGUAUCCUGAACGUUUCUGCCGUCGACAAGAGCACAGGGAAGGAGAACAAGAUCACCAUCACCAACGACAAGGGACGUCUGAGUAAGGAGGAUAUCGAGCGUAUGGUCACAGAAGCUGAGAAGUACCGCCAGGAAGACGAGUCCCAGCGUGAGCGCAUCGCCGCGAAGAACCAGCUGGAGAGCUACGCCUUCAACAUGAAGAACACGGUGGAGGACGAGAAGGUCAAGGACAAGAUCAGCGAGGACGACAAGAAGGCCAUCACCGACAAGUGCAACGAGGUCAUCAGCUGGCUGGAUGCCAACCAGAUGGCAGACAAGGAUGAGUUUGAGCACCAGCAGAAGGAGCUGGAGAAGGUUUGCAUGCCCAUCGUCACCAAGAUGUACCAGGCAGCAGGCGGCGCUCCACCGGGCGCAGCUGGUUUCCCAGGUGCAGGUGGUUUCCCCGGAGGUGCCCCAGGUGGUGAUGCAGGUGCUCAGGAGGGCGGCAGCGGGCCUACCAUUGAGGAGGUCGACUAAACUCUACCCCAACAACACCGAACCAAGCAACGGAUUCCAAACACGCCUCUCGCAGACCCCCUUACACUAAUCUCCUAGCAGAUCAUACAAUGGCAAGGCUGUAUAUCCAUUGGACAAGGCACUGGGACUAAAUAGUCACUCCUUGGCUAAGGGUUACUGACUUGCCACUGUAGGAUCUGCUUGGAGAUUACAGGAGCGAUUCGGCCUCUCGUAAACCCCUUAUUUAUCUCCAAGCAGAUCCUACAGUGGCAAGGCUGUAUACAUGUAUCCAUUGGUCAAGGCACUGUUACUAGAUGUUUAAUCUCGAAGCAGAUCAUAUGGUGGCAAGGCAGUAUCAUACAUACAGUGGCUAAUGGACACUCCUCUGGCCAAUGGAUACUGCCUUGCCACCGUAUGGUCUGCUUGUAGAUUAUAAAUGCUUAGUCCUUGGCUAAUUGUUACCGACUUCCCACCAUAGGAUCUGCUUGGAGAUAAGUUUACACACACCACGCCUAGCUGAACACUCUUUCACGGUCACUUCUUACCUUUAUUUGAAAGCUUCGAUAUGUAUAUGAGAGAUUAAAAGCAAUUGGAGAAGUUUGAAUAUUCUAUAGAGGUUAAGAACAGUGGACCUUUUAAUUAUUUGUUUAAACUGUCAACUCUUACCCGUCUUAUCCAAUGUUUCUGUUACUGAAAGGAUUCUAUAGUGUGGAAAGAA